AGCAGCAAACGAUGCCAUUCUCUCCCUUCCCUUCUGGAUAUUUCUAAUAUGGCUUCCUCACAGAAAGCGACUGUCUCUGGACCGCGCGAGAGGCGAAUUGUCUUCUUCCACCCAGAUCUGGGGAUUGGUGGUGCCGAGAGGCUGAUCGUUGAUGCCGCAGUCGGUCUACAAGAGCAGGGAAACAAAGUCACGAUCUUUACCUCGCACUGCGACCCCAAUCAUUGUUUUGAAGAGGCGCGAGAUGACCGGUGAGUAUAGGCACCCUCGAUGUCAGAGUCCGCGGAAACACUCUCUUUCCUCCCUCUUUCCUGAACCGCUUCCACAUCCUCCUUGCGAUCCUGCGUCAAAUCCAUCUUGUGUUCCAGAUCGCACUUUGGACCAAUGAAUUGAGCACACUGCGACCGGACGUCUUUGUGGUCGACCAGCUCUCGGCCUGCAUUCCGUUGCUCAGAUGGCUCUACCCCCAUCGCCAACGGACCCUGUUCUACUGUCAUUUUCCAGAUCAACUACUUGCCGAUCGCCGAGCCUCUGGCCUGCUUGGACUUGCAAAAACAAUCUACAGGUUUCCCUUCGAUUGGUUUGAAGGUUGGAGUAUGAGUGCGAGUGACAGGAUAGUCGUCAACUCCAAGUUCACAAAAUCCGUUGCUUCGAGAGUCUGGCCUUCCCUGGCGGAGUCGUUAGGCGUCAUAUACCCCUGCGUCAAUGAUGGAUCGAAAGAGGCCGAGGCCGAUGUAGACGGGACUACACUCUGGGACGGUCAGUUCAAGAUUCUCCUCAGCAUAAAUCGAUUUGAGCGAAAAAAAGAUAUCGGCUUGGCUGUCCGAGCAUAUCAUGAACUGUCUCCUGCGGCCCGUCAAGGUACCCGGCUGAUCAUAGCGGGGGGCUACGACCAAAGGGUCCAUGAGAAUGUGGAAUAUCAUAAAGAGCUGGUAGACUUGGCCGAAGGGUUGGGUCUAUCUACUGCCACUGCCAAAACAGUACCAACGGCUUUAGGCAUUCCGAGCGGCAUACAAGUCUUGUUUUUGCUGUCCGUGCCAGGAUUCUUCAAAGAGACUCUCUUGAAAAACGCUCGAUUGUUACUGUACACUCCUUCGAAUGAGCACUUUGGGAUUGUGCCGGUAGAAGCCAUGCAGCACGGGCUCCCUGUUCUCGCUUCAAACACUGGUGGGCCGUUGGAGACCAUCGUCGAGGGCGAGACAGGUUGGUUGCGUGACUCAUCCAAGGUGGAAGAAUGGACAGCAGUUAUCAACCAAGCGCUGCAUGAACUUAGUACGAGUGAUCUCGAGCGGAUGGGUCGGAAUGGGCGAGAAAGAGUCCGCGGGCACUUUAGUAGGAGUACAAUGGCAGGGAAAUUCAACCACGAGAUGACCCAGAUGCUGAACAGCAAGAGGAGCACCUUUCUGGAGAGGAAAGACAUCGUCCUGGCCGUCUGGCUCACGGCAGCGUUUGCAGCAGCAUUGCUGGCCACAAUCAUCAAGGCCAAGUACGGGCGGGGGGAUAGUAGGGCCAGUGAAUUCGCCCGCGCCAGGAGAAUGAACCCCGAAGCAGAUCCCCAGCUGAAACUCUUUGAUGGCAGAGUACAAUAGGUAGAUGACGAGUAGACAAAGAUGAAUUGAAC